AUGUCAACUGCAACCCAAUACGAGACCCUCCUCACCGAGGAAAUAGCAUACCAAAAAGCCUCGAAUCCAAUCUCAGACCUACCAUCAUGCACAAACUUGUUCGAUAAAUGGGCUCAAUGUUUUGCCCUCGGACCCCAACUCCAAGCGGUUUAUAGGUAUGGUGGCCUUCAAGAUUGCAAAGGCAAGUUGGAUGAUUUCAAGUAUUGUUUGACUCAGAAGGGGAUGGGUAGAGAGGAGAAAUAUGAAAGUUGGAUCAGGAGGAGGGCGGAGAAGGUGAUGGAUAUGAGACUGGGCAAGGGCAGUAGUGAAUUGGUUUGGGAGCUGAGGAGGGACCCAAAUGAACCUGUCCAAACAAAAUCUCAAGUCGCAAGUACAAUCAUCUAA